UACUAAUAAACAUUUUAUAUGGACAUAUCUCACGGUGAGAUGAUCGAUCCUUUUUUUUAUCGUUGUCAUAAACAUUUAAUUUUUAUCGUUGUCAGAAUUCUCCGACCAACCCCCAAACCCUAAAAAAUUAAGCGCUUUAAAAAUAAAUCAAAACGAUAUGGUAAAUAUCUUCACGCGCAAACAGCAAACAGGAGUACAGGACUACCGACUACCGACUACCGACUACCGACUACCGAGUACCGACUAGCGACUACCGCCAACCGGAGUUUGGUUGAUUGUCAACAUUUAACACCACUAUCAUACAACGAGGAUUCCUCGAUCCACAGCCCCAAAUAUCCGUUUUCGUCGAAUAAAUUUGCAAAGUUCUAAUCUUCAACUGAAAUUUCAACUAAGCGACUGUAGGUGCAUCAAUCUAGAGACUGACUGCCAAGUUUCUGGAAAGGAGAACGAAAUAUGUUGAAUGUUAUAAAAAAUAUCCUAAGCAUCUCAGAGAUGAUUAAUAAGAUAAGAAUGAAUCAAGACAAGGAUGCAAAGGGAGGAGGUACACACUUGAUUUUCUUUGGUAGCUAUAAAAACUUUUUACACAACGGAGGAUUGGUUCUUGAGGAAAGCAUUUCAUUUUUUCAUGGUAAAACAAACCCUGUUAGGUGCUUCUCAGUUGAUGAAUUCAACACUAUGGCUUUGGAUAGAGACUCUUAUGUGCUUAUUGACGGGUUUUCUAAAUGGUACAAAGGUUUCUGGGAUGGAAGACCUGUGAUGGUAAGGUCACAUGAUCGUUCAGAUAUUAUGGUUGUGGUAUUGAGUGUGUGAUUCGUGAAAUUGUUGUUGCGACCCAAAUGGGUGCUCAUCAGAAUGUGCAUAGUCUCCUAGGAUACUGCCUUGAAACCGACCUUCCUGUUUUGAUUUACGAAUGGAUUGGAUCAGAAACACUUGCAGAGCGAGUAAUUGAUAACGAGAAGAAGAACAAACCACCAUUAGAAUGGAAGGACAGGUUAAGAAUUGCCUGUGAGAUUUCCAAUGCCAUUGCGUGUCUUCACACUGCUUUUCCGAGGCCUAUAAUCCACAAGGACUUGAAACCUGCUACGGUAUUCUUGACCCCAGACAAUACUGCAAAAGUGUUUGAUUUUAGUCUUUCUGUUUUGAUUCCUGAUGGUGAAGAUUUUGUGCAACCUGAUAAGCUUAUAGGGUACUUUCCUUUUCUUGCACCAGAAUGUGUAAUGGAAGGCAGGGUAGCAAAGAGUUCAGAUGUGUACGCCUUUGGUAUGCUUUUUCUUGUGCUGUUGACGGGAAAAGCUUCUAUAUUCUCUCUAACCGGUGAAGGGGACACCGAAAUUUCAUUGGUUUGUUGGGUAAAAGAAGGAAUUGAAAAGAACUGCAUCAAUGAGAUUGUAGAGCCUUUUAUCAUUUCUAGCAAAGUGACUAAUAGUGAGCUUCUCGAUCAACAAUUAAGAGCUUUGAUUAAGCUUGCCCUUCGGUGCACUGAAAAAGAUGAAGGUAAGCGGCCAACGAUGAUGGAGAUUGGAACUGAACUCCAAAACAUGAUGAAGUCUUUAGAAACUGUCUCCUAGCACUGGCAGAGCAGAGAUCUGAGUUUCUUGCGUUGGUUAAACAGUGUAGCUUUCCGUUCUUUCACACCAAAGAUCAAGCUGUUGUACACAAUUGCGCUCCAGUAGCAAGCAGCCAAGCACGUACUCAAACAAUGCGCACGAGCUGUGUUAUUUCCUUAUCAUUUUGUUGAUACGUUUUCAGUGUUGGCUAAAUGUUUAUAUUCAAAUUGUUUAAAAUAGAUUCAAUUACUUUAUUUAAUUGUUGUUAUGAUAGAAUCAAAAUUAUUUAAUAGUGCGUGCAGUUAACAUUUCACAUAAUCAGUGAUUAAGAUCAAAAUUCUACUUAGAAUUAUUGAGGGGAUAAGAUUGA